AUGGAGGUUAUGAACGACAUAAAAAAAGCUGAGGUGGGCAUGAGUUCUGGACAGCGAAGGACGGCAAUGGAUUAUUAUUGGAUGGGCAAAUACGACAUUAUGACAACUGCAAAUGAAGAUUCACGGCGACUGAUCCCACAGUACGCAUUUUACCUAGAGAACAGUAUUUUGAUAUCUUGUUAG